AUGUCCAACUGGGGCAUGCGACUCAACCCCUUCAGCAAGAGCUACUCGCAGCUCGAGAUGGACCAGAUGCGCUUUGUGCACCAGGCCUAUUGCGAAGCCAUGGAAGUGAGCGAAGAAGACCUCCCGACGGCGCUCAAGAUGGACGACAACUUUUAUCCACUGCACAAUCCAACAAUCUCGGAUUUUGAUGAAAACUCGUACUUACGCAAGAUGCAGGACGUGGUCGGGCUGCUGCGCAACCCCGCCGAAGCGAUUAUCUCGAGCAUCUGUGCGUACCAAAAAGAGCGGUACGACCGGUCGUUUUCGUUCACCGGAUACCUCAAUGAUCCGCGGACGCUGUUGCUCGAGGAGUUCAAGGACUGGGCCAUGCGGACGCUGGCGCCGGCAACGUGCACGACGGAAUCCAUUUUAAUCGAAGUGCGACGACGACACAGCUACGUGCUGCGGCUACAGCAUGGACAGCAAGGACUUUUCCACUCUGGAUCAGGGGAACGAUCGCUGUUGGGGACGCUGAAAGACGUGCGGAACGUGAUUGAGUCGCGCGUGCUCCCGACAAUUGAGACGGAACGCGCGCACUCGUCGGCGCGGGAACAGCUGCAUACACUGGAAGCUCGCGGCACCGACGGACUCAUGCACGGUGUGCAGUUCCUCUUUUACGUGCUACGCAAUACGCCAAAUACCCCAGCCGACUGUACGAUCAGCAAUUUGCAGUCGCAGCAGCAUGCCGGGAUGAAGGACGCCAUGGGCAGCAAGUCGGGACAAAUGCUGGAAGUGCUGCUGACGACGCCGUCAUUUAAAGAGCUCUUUUCGCAAAGUCAGAGUGCGGUUUCUCCCCAGGAUUCACUGCCAUCGCUACUGCUGACGAAUGAGGAGGAAGAAGAGAUGACGCACACUGCGGUGUUCUGCGAUACCGAAGCGAGGCCGCAGGUGCCUACAGUGCUGACGCGGCAGCUGCGACGCAGCUCGAACUCGAGCGAAUUGACGAUUACUCCGUCUGCUUAUCUCCAGCAGAGCAACUCGGGCGUUGUUUCACUUCGGAAGGAGGUUCGAGAGGAAACGUUUGAUGCAUUUACGAAGCUGCACGGAUUGUUGAAGCUGCUUGCCGAUUUGCUCGUGUCUUGUCGUAAAGCUCGGCAGCUGGCUGGCCCUGGUGGCGAUUUGCUUGUCUAUGGACCUGGCGGAGAAGAAAUCCGGCGUCUGAUGCAGUCACUGGAAGCGGUGCAAACCGAGAUCAGUCGAGAAGUGAGCCAGCUCACGCGCAUCGGCGUACGUGAACUAGAUCGCCUGAAGCCCAACCAGGAGAAGGCUUGGCGUUGGAGUUUUAGCAAGGUGCUGCCACUCGAAGGCUACUUGGCCCGUGAUUUUGGCGCAUGCGUGGAACCGAUUCAGCGUAUGUAUGCGAGCGCUGAUCCGAUUCACGUGCAAAAGAUGUACAAGAAGUUCAAGCAGGCUACCGGUUUGUGGGUGGAAGAGAACAACUCCAUUUGUAGGUAUGUCACGGCAGCGUUAGGUGGAGGCUUCAUCGAAGACGGAGGACAGCAACACAAACAAAUUGAAAAUGGGACGGCAGAAUCCGACGAUCAUGCGACGAUAGAGUUGCUGGAGGAUGAAGCGCCGUCCGAGAUGAGCAAUGCACUCGUUGUAGCAGGACAAAGACCGGGUCCUCGAAGCCAUAGCUCUCGAAAGGUCUCGUCGUCGGAAGUGGAUGACCGGAUCACUGUGUUGGAAGACAGUAGUUCAGAGUGCGAUACUCAUGCAGAAAACCGACUCGUCGUUGCAAACCAAGCAAUGGUUCGCGCUCCCAAGAAGCAGUCGAGCUCGGAUAGCAGCUCGUUCUUCUCAUCACUUGUGUCAUGGGGUGUCGGUGGAAAGGCACCACCGAAGCUAAAGAAGGGCGAGAGCAGCCCAGUCAACUCAGAAACGGAUGACGACGAAGACGUUGAAAAGGGUCCAUCUUCGAGCACGUCAGCGAGGGAAGCUGCUGACAUUGCUGCAGCUCAGGGUGGUGUGCUGGACACACUGCUACUCGUGCGUCAGUCGAUCCAACGUAUCGGUCAGUUGUCCUGGGGCGUCCGGACGUCGCACCAUACUUCGUCCAUUGAUGAGGGCAAUUUCGACGCGUUCAUCGUGCUGUGCUCUAUCUACGAAGCGGUUGGCGUCUUUUGCUCCAGCGAUCUGCUGCUGCGUGUGAGGCUGCACCGGACGCGCUUGUCACAGCUCCUGAAGAAGCACAUUCGGUCGAUACUCAGCUGCGUUGUGGUGCUGCAGCGCCGGAUCGUGGACGAAGAGAAGAGUAUUUCGGGCAUGACGCUCGUGUAUCGACGUUUGAGAGCAAACCUCGUUGAUUUUGAGAAGGAGAUGGACGAGCUGUUGAUUCGGUUGAAGCAGAUAAUGGUGGAGUCUUCCAAGAUGAAGGCGGGCAUCCUGGCGCUGCCGCUGGCGCAGCAGCGAGAAUCGAACGAUGUUAUUGGUGUGGGUGCCUAUGCAUACAACUCGAUCAACGCUCUCGCGUCUAGAUUCGGGUCCGCGCCCGUGCCGUCCGAAGCCAUCCUUUCGCACGGCGAGUACAUGACGCAGUUGAGGUCGCAGCUAGAUCUGCAUUGGAACAGUAUCUCGCACCUAUUUCAGAGCCUUCAGGGCACUGUGGAAGCUGUUGCGACUGUUGAUGACCGACUCAGGGGCUACGCCAAGUUUCCCGACAUCACCGUGCCACCACAGCAGCUGGACUAUAUUUUUGAAUUCAACUACGACGGUUUCUUUCGCCAGACGACAAAGGAUUUGGAAGUGUUGUUGACUUCCUUUGACACGUUGACGUAA